AAAACGUAAUAUUCAUCGAUGUAUUAUUUUAUUAAUUGUGCGAGCAAAAUUGGAAAACAUGAGUUCAAGAAAAUUGUCCCGUCAUUUGAGUUUAGACGAAUGUACGCGCGAAUAUUUGGAAAUGGGAAUGGACUUAACGAACAAGCGAAAAAGAUAUUUCAGUUUCCACGAAAAGGCAAUACACCGGAAUCGAGAUAGGCCGAUAUCUUUUGAACUACCAGAUACAGAUCUAGUUGAAACUGAUGAACGCAGUAUCACCGAAACAACUAUUGACGGGUCCAAAAGUAGCAAUCAAUUAAGCGUUAAUAAUUACAAGGAAAUGGUGAAACAAUGCUUGUUGGAUUCAGCAAAAGGAUACACUAAUGGUUUUCAAUUACUUCAUGAUAUUGAAUCUGGUAUGGCAAAUUUAGAUACAUUAAAACGGUGUCCACAGCAGCUGAAAAAUUUAAUAGUUCUGUGGGCAUGUUUUGUCGAUAAAUGUGAUGUCAUGGAAGUCUUAGUUAAAGCUGGCGCAAAUGUUAAUUAUAUAUUACCUUUUAGAGGCUAUGGUGCUGUACACAUAAGUGCAUUGAACGGCUGUGUUUAUUGUUUGAAAUGGUUGUUGAAUAAUGGUUGUGAACCGAAUUGCCGUGUUGACGAUAUGACAGCACUACACUUUGCCACCUUCACAGAUUCCGUUGAUGCGUUCAAUACACUUAUCGAACACGGCUGUAGACUUGAAUCCACUGUUCUCCAUAGCGCUGUAAAAUCCAGAGCUGUUGGGUGCAUUAAACUUUUAUUAUUUAAAUACAGUGUAGAUGUAAAUAUGUUGGACUCUAUGGGUUUAGCACCUAUACAUAUUUGUGCUGACCAAGGUUUUUCAGACUGUAUGUACAUGCUGUUAAGCUCGGAUAAAACGUUAAUUAAUCAAAAAGACUAUCAUGAAUGUACGGCUUUGCAUAUGGCUUGCGAAUCUGCACACGUAGAAUGCGUGAAAUUGUUAAUAGAACACCAGGCUAAUAUACAUGCUAAAAAUAUGAAAUUUCAAGUACCUAUACAUAUGGCCGCAAAAGCUCAAAGUGUGGAUUGCAUUGAUUUUCUGAUAAAAGCAGGGGCUGACGUCAAUGCCACAGAUAUAGAUGACCGAACACCUCUGCACUCAGCUAUAUCUGUUAAGACGUUGAAUGUUUGUCUUGCUGUAGACACAUUGCUAAGUUACCAUGCAAAAAUCAACGUACAAGAUCACUUUGGGUUUACACCUCUACAUAUAGCGGCGAUCAACGAAGUGCCGGAAUGCGUAGAAUCAUUGUUAGCCAAGGGUGGCAACGUAGGUAUUCAAACGUUCGGUGGUAUAUCGGCACUUAACAUGAUUGUAAGAAAAGUGCCUUCGUGCGUGCCAGCUGUAGCCAAACAAUUGGACAGUGCCGUUACAUCCAACUGGGCGGAUGGGUUUAAGCGUGGUCCGGAGAUACAACUUCGAUUCAAGUAUUUGUUAAAUUCUAAUACUUUUGGUGAAAUUGAUUUACUAAAAUGUUUUCAAGAAGAAGGCCAAUAUGAACUAUUACAGCAUCCACUGUGCCAAGCUUUUUUAUUUUUGAAAUGGAAAAAAAUACGAAAAUAUUAUUUAAUGCGACUGGCAAGUUUGGGAUUUUUCAUUCUUCUAUAUACGCUUUAUGUAACGACUGUACUUAGUCAUGAUUGCUACAAUGCAAUCCAUUUAUCCAAUCAGAGUAAUUCGUCAUGUUUCCAGAACAACUCUACUCUCAGUGCAUUUUUAAUAAAAAAUUAUCAAAUAAUGGAUGUAAUUAUUUAUGCAUUGUAUUUGAUCAGCGUCAUAGAAGGAUUCUUGAAAAUUUCAGAAAUGGCUGGAUAUAUGUAUGUUCAUCAAUAUGUCCUUAGUUUAAGUAAUUUAAGCGAAUGGUUAGUAUUAAUAAGUGUGCCACUAAUAUCAUUUCAUAUUAGUGGAUAUACCUCUUAUUGGCAAAAUUAUAUUGGUGCUUUUUGCGUACUCUGCGCUUGGACCAAUUUUAUGGUAAAAAUAGGCCAAUUGCCUUGGUUUGAUACAUAUGUCGCCAUGUACACUAAAGUUCAAAAAGAAUUUGCAAAACUCCUCAUGGCAUAUAUAUGUUUAUUAAUAGGUUUCUCUGUUAGUCUUUGCGUCGUGUUCCCUUCUUCUAAAUGGUUCAAUAAUCCUAUUAUAGGUUUUGUAAAAGUAUUAGUAAUGAUGGCGGGAGAAUUGGAUAUAUCAAUGUUAGAAGUACACGACGAAUCGCCAAUUAUAUCUAAAUUUAGUGCAUAUAUUGUAUAUGUAGCCCUUUUAAUAUUUGUAUCAAUUAUUCUUAUGAAUCUACUUGUAGGAAUCGCUGUACAUGAUAUACAAGGCUUAAAAAAGACUGCUGGUUUGUCUAAAGUUAGAUGUCAGAUUAAACUUAUAUACUAUAUUGAACUAUUUAUGUUGAGAAGCUUUUGGCCAAAAAGCGUCAAACGUAGAGCUCUGGUCUAUCCUUCUAAACAUCGAGCUCAUAUGACAGUUAAGCCAUUGAGUCAACAACAAACGUUGCCUAGAGAUAUUAUAGACGCUAUUCGAAUUUUAAUUAAACGAAAAAAACAAGAUAACUGUGAUAACAAUGACAUUUUUAAAAUACAAGAAAUAUUAAAAGAAGUAAGAGAUUUAAGAGCAGUUGUAGAAGAAAAUCAAAAGGUCAUUAAACAUUUGUUGAUUAAUGCAAAUAAAAUAUAAUAUUAUUAAUAUGCAUUUAUAUAAUUAUAUACAGAAUAAUAAAUAAUAACAUUAGAUAAAUCAUCAAUUUACGGAGAAAUUAAAUAAAAAAUACAAACAUAUUUUUUAUAACUGAUUAUACACUGUUAUUAUACUGAUAAAUAUAUUCAUCG